GGCGGCGGCGGCGGCGGCCGCGGCUGCUGCUGCUGCGGCGGCGGCGGUGGUGGCGGCGGUGGGGUGGCGGGAGCGGAGCGGCAUGGCCACGGCGGCUUCUAACCCCUACCUGCCGGGGAACAGCCUGCUGGCGGCCGGCUCCAUUGUACACUCGGACGCGGCGGGAGCCGGCGGCGGCGGGGGUGGCGGCGGCGGGGGUGGCGGCGGCGGCGCGGGAGGCGGCGCGGGCGGCAUGCAGCCCGGUAGCGCCGCCGUGACCUCGGGCGCCUACCGAGGGGACCCGUCCUCCGUCAAGAUGGUCCAGAGCGACUUCAUGCAGGGGGCCAUGGCCGCCAGCAACGGCGGCCAUAUGCUAAGCCACGCGCACCAGUGGGUCACAGCCCUGCCCCACGCCGCCGCCGCCGCCGCCGCCGCUGCCGCUGCUGCCGUGGAGGCGAGCUCGCCGUGGUCCGGCAGCGCCGUGGGCAUGGCCGGCAGCCCCCAGCAGCCGCCGCAGCCGCCGCCGCCGCCGCCGCCGCAGGGCCCCGACGUGAAGGGCGGGUCCGGACGCGACGACCUGCACGCGGGCACCGCGCUGCACCACCGCGGGCCGCCGCACCUCGGGCCUCCGCCGCCGCCCCCGCACCAGGGCCACCCGGGGGGCUGGGGGGCCGCCGCAGCCGCAGCCGCCGCCGCCGCCGCCGCCGCUGCCGCCGCACACCUCCCGUCCAUGGCCGGAGGCCAGCAGCCGCCGCCUCAGAGUCUGCUCUACUCGCAGCCCGGGGGCUUCACGGUGAACGGCAUGCUGAGCGCGCCCCCGGGUCCGGGCGGCGGCGGCGGCGGCGCGGGCGGCGGCGCCCAGAGCCUGGUGCACCCGGGGCUGGUGCGCGGGGACACACCCGAGCUGGCCGAGCACCACCACCACCACCACCACCACGCGCACCCUCACCCUCCUCACCCGCACCACGCGCAGGGGCCUCCGCACCAUGGCGGCGGCGGCGCGGGGCCGGGACUCAACAGCCACGACCCGCACUCGGACGAGGACACGCCGACCUCGGACGACCUGGAGCAGUUCGCCAAGCAGUUUAAGCAGCGACGCAUCAAACUCGGCUUCACGCAGGCCGACGUGGGGCUGGCGCUGGGCACGCUGUAUGGCAACGUGUUCUCGCAGACCACCAUCUGCCGCUUCGAGGCCCUGCAGCUGAGCUUCAAGAACAUGUGCAAGCUCAAGCCGCUGCUGAACAAGUGGCUAGAGGAGGCGGACUCGAGCACCGGCAGCCCCACGAGCAUCGACAAGAUCGCCGCGCAGGGCCGCAAGCGCAAGAAGCGGACCUCCAUCGAGGUGAGCGUCAAGGGCGCGCUCGAGAGCCACUUCCUCAAGUGCCCCAAGCCCUCCGCACAGGAGAUCACCAACCUGGCCGACAGCCUGCAGCUCGAGAAAGAGGUGGUGCGGGUCUGGUUCUGCAACCGGCGCCAAAAGGAGAAGCGCAUGACGCCACCCGGGAUCCAACAGCAGACGCCGGACGACGUCUACUCGCAGGUGGGCACCGUGAGCGCCGACACGCCGCCGCCGCACCACGGACUGCAGACGAGCGUGCAGUGAAGGCCAGGGGCGCAGCGCAAAGAGGGCCGCCGCCGCCGCCGCCUCCGCAGCCGCUGUCAGCACCGCCACCAACUCCUGCCGCCGCCGCCGCCACCGCCGCCGCCGCUGCCGCCGCCGCCGCCGCCGCCGCCGCCGCCGCAGCGCCAACCCCGCACUGGGGCCGCACCGGGCCGGGGCCGGUCCGCCGCCCUCUCCUCCGCCCAAAGACAAACAUGCCGGCCCUUGGAGGCAAAAGAGCGAGAGAGAGACAGACCAAGGAGACGUUUCUGAAGUCCAAGGAAGGAGGGGCACAACAAAACAAAAAGCGUAAUAAAUACCGAGACUGUUUUAUAUACAUAUAUAUAACAAACAAAACCGGAAGAGAAAAAGGAGGCGAUCAUGAGAUCUCGUUUAUACUGUGGUGGUGUUUCCUUUUUGUUUUUCUUUUUCUUUUUAAAGAAGAGUGAAGAUGCCUCGCGCACCAAAACUGCACUCCUGAGGUUUUAUCCACCCUAGAAAGUCCUACAUGGCAACGGUGGACCAGCACCUAGCACCUGCCUCGUCCUCUCCUCUUAAAAAAAAAAAAAAAAAAGCACCCCUCUCUCCUUUUCACUCACUCCCCCCUCCAAAGGGCUGCCUAAAGUGAUCUACGGAAACUUUCUUUCCUGGGAACGACCUGAAAGAAAGCUGAGGCACCGGGUUUAAUCAGAGGAUGACUCUGUGCUCGGGGGCCCUGUGUUUCUUGGCCAUGUUAAAGUCAUUUGGGGACAAAUUGACUAUGAAAUGGGAAGGAGAAAACAAAGAACAGUCUUCGGGAAGGAAAAAAAAAAAAAAAAGAAAUAUUCACAGCUUCUGAAAUUAACAGACUGAAUAGCAAAGCCAAAAGAAAAAGUAUCCUCAAAGUAACCUUGGAAAUAAAGCAUCAUGAAAGAGCAGAGGGAUGGGCGAGGGAGAAGGGGAUGUCCUCCGAGGAGUGGGAGAGGCCCGGCCGAGUCCUGGGCAGGGCGGGCGCGGACUGGGCACGGAGCGAGGCCCCGCCACCAACCCCGGCUUUAACGGCGGUCACUCGGGUGGAUGAGGCCUAAAGAUUCCACCGCUAAUAUUUUUUUUAUUAAUAUUUUUUAUUUUUUAUUUCUGGACUGACUCAGAUAAAGAGAUUUAGAAGGACUGAGCACCAGCCGACGCACUUCUCUGGACUUCUCUCCUCAAUCCGUUGCCAACUUUGAUUGAAUGGGUGCUGAGGUUGUGAUUACAUAAUACUGCCAUUUCCAAGCAGUGUUUUUGGUAGGUUUUAAUAAACAGACUUUUCAAAAGACGGCAAUAUAGAAUUGUUAGAUCCGUUGUUGAUCUAAAAAUAUUUGCUUUAUAUUUUCAUUAAAUGACUUCUUUUAAUAUUUUAUUCAGAAUACUUAUGAACUGCUGCAAAACGGUAAUUUAUUUUUCCCCAGAUCUUGUAUUACGUGUUUUUUUCAGACGAGCACAAAUCAAAAUGAAAUGAAAAUAUGGACAGUUGCUAGGUAGUAAGGGUAUCUUUUGAUGUGAUCAUUUGAUUGUAAUUUAAUUUGAGUAGUGAUUCCGUAAGAGCUGAUCGAGAAAAUAAAUUUGUUAGAAUGAA